AUGACAAGGGAAGCUUGGGCCCACAAUGCUCUGAGACAGGAGGGUCUUGUUAAAGGGAAGGACGAUACCUGGAAAUGGGGAACCAGCUUCCAAGGGAGCAGCUCCUCCGUUUGGGAGACCUCCCAAAUGCACUUUAGACAGUUGCGGUACCACGAGACGGCUGGGCCCCAGGAGGCGCUGAGCCGGCUCCGGGAGCUCUGUCGCCGCUGGCUGAGGCCGGAAGCGCGCACCAAGGCCCAGAUCCUGGAGCUGCUGGUGCUGGAGCAGUUCCUGAGCAUCCUGCCCGGGGAGAUUCGGACCUGGGUGCAGAUCCAUCGCCCUGGAAGUGGUGAGGAGGCCGUGGCCCUGGUGGAAGAGGUGCAGAAAGACCUCGAUGGACCAGUGCUAAAAGUUCCAGUCCUUGUCCAGGAUCAGGAGGCCAGGAGCAUGCCAGGAACGGCACAUCCUCAGGCACCCCCAGGGAGCCACUUACCGGCUGAAAUUUGCCCAAAUCCUCUUACUGAUCCAGCUGUGUUCAACCUCCAGGAUCCUCAACAUGAUUCUCCUGCCCCUGAAGCUUCUGCCCUUUCUCAGGAAGAGAAUCCAAGAAAUCAGUUGAUGGCACUCAUGCUCCUAACAGCCCAGCCCCAGAAUGGGAGACCAUGA